AUGGGCAGCUCGCACAGUGAUAUAGCGGCCUUGGUCCAGUCCAGCACGGCCUGGAUAAUCGGUGCUUUCCUCCUGUUGAUUCUCGUCGUCGUAGCACUGUCCAUCGGUCUGCGAAUGCUAUAUGUUCGCAAAUGGAAGCCACGUUACGAAAUGGUCCAAGAUCCUGCCAGAGAUGUGGAGGCAGGUGGCGCGCAAAGCCGGCAGAGGAAACUUUCUGAGAUCGACACCAGCUAUGCACCGUCUACACCAGCACCGGCGACCGUUGUAAUGAGGCCGAGCGUGGAUGAGGGAGAGAUUGCGAGGAGCGAGGCGCUCCACGGGUACUACGAGCCGCCCUCGGAGGUCACCUACAAUUCGGCUCCGGGCAGCGGCGAGGACAGGAAGACCAUGUUCUCUUGA